UGGUGGAUGUUGGAGCCCCUGAGUGCUGGUGGAUGUUGGAGCCCCUGAGCGCUGGUGGAUGUUGGAGCCCCUGAGCCCCUGAGCGCUGGUGGAGGUCUCGUGGGGCAGCAUGAACGGGACCCAGCACCCGAGCUUCCAGUCCUGCCUGCUGGAGGACUGCCCCAUGUCGCCCGGCCUGACCGCCUUCCUGGCCCUCUCCUACGGCGCCGUCAUGCUGCUGGGGCUUCUGGGUAACGCGUGCCUGAUCUGCGUCAUCGUGCGGCAGAAGGAGAAGGCCAACGUCACCAGCAUCCUCAUCACCAACCUGUCGGUGUCGGACGUGCUGGUGUGUGUGCUCUGCCUGCCCGUGACGGUGGCCUACACGCUGAUGGACCACUGGGCGUUCGGCGGGGCCCUGUGCCGGCUGCUGCCCUUCGUGCAGUGCACCUCGGUGAGCGUGUCCGUGCUGUCGCUGGUGCUGAUCGCGCUGGAGCGGCACCAGCUCAUCCUCAACCCCGCGGGCUGGAAGCCCAGCGCGCCCCAGGCCUACCUGGCGGUGGUGCUGAUCUGGACGCUGGCCUGCCUCACCUCCCUGCCCUUCCUGGCCUUCCACACGCUGACGGACGAGCCCUACCGCAGCCUCCCGCCGCCCCUGCGCGAUAAGGAGGCGUGUACGGAGAGCUGGCCGUCGCCGGCGCACAAGCUGGCCUACACCACCUGGCUGCUGCUGUUCCAGUACUGCGGGCCGCUGCUGCUGGUGCUGGUGUGCUACCUGCGGGUCUUCGGCCGUCUGCGGCGGCGCCGGGACAUGCUGGACCGGGCCGGCGCCGAGAACCGGCGCCUGGCCCACAGCCGGCGGGUCAACGCCAUGCUCGCCGCCCUGGUGGCCAGCUUCGCCGUGUGCUGGCUGCCGCUCAACGCCUUCAACGCCCUGGCCGACUGGCACCACGAGGCGCUGCUCGACCACCACGACCUGGCCUUCUCGCUCUGCCACCUGCUGGCCAUGGCCUCCACCUGCGUCAACCCCGUGGUGUACGGCUUCCUCAACAGCAACUUCAAGAAGGAGGUGCGGGCGGGGCUGCGGCGCUGCUGCUGUCGCCCCCCGGAGGACAAGUACCAGCACUUCGCCCUCUCCACCGUGCACACCGAGCUCUCCAAGACCUCGCUGCGCAUCCAUGGUUCUGUGAGCCUCUCCACAGGAAAUGAACGGAAUGCGUGUGUACAUGUAGGGCAGGUCAGGACCACUCGCAAAUGUCGUUCCUACCUAAAAGAUUAUAAAUACGAGAAAACUGGUGAAUGUGCCAAGUCCUCUUAAAUUGCUCAUAGUGAUUUUAAGAACAAAUCUGUUCGUACGAGUGGUUCUUGUGUGAGGACAAGUACCUGCACCUGUACAGACAAUUGAUUGUGAAAUUGUAUAAAUAUUUAUUAAAACCCAAGUGCAUGAAUGCAAAUGAUACUAAUCUACUAUUCAUAGUAAUCAGGAGUGGAGUUGCAUUUUUGUUUUUUUUAAGGUGAAUUUACUUUUAAAUCUGAAUCGUUCUAUUGUUUAGUAUUUGUGUGUGUUACUGUAUGCUGUAUGGCUAUGAUAAGUAUUUUGAUUCUGAAAAAAUAUUUUCAGAUUUGUAAGCUUAUUCUGUUAUUGUUAUAUGUAAGAUGUGUUUAUUUUUGAGGGGUCAUUUGGCACACUCACGUUUCGUGCCCCAGGAAAGCUGACUCAUUGUUCACCAGAUUAAAUGUGAAAGGCCAUUACACUGAAAGAGUUUGCACGAUAACAAAUGCAUGUAGCAAUUAAAUGUUUUAAUGCAAAAUUGACUGGCUAAGCAUACAGUGCUUCUGGCAAAUAAAGAUUUUCAUUUUCAAAGAGA